GUGAAUCCAACCAAUCCAAUCCUGUGGAGUCGCAGUAAGUAAGUAAAGCAUUUACAGAAGACGGUUGUGGGAAUCCUUGUGUUUUUGUUAUCCUUCCUUUGUCGGGAAGAGAUGAGAUGGAUUUCCAGAGAGCUACCUACCCUUAAUAACGUACGGAUCCCUUUCCAUUAAUGAUCUUCUCCUAGUACUUGUCAGUAUUAAGAGAGAGAGUUUGUAAUAAUAAAGGUAUCCUUCUCUUCAUCUUCUAUACUAAAGGGAUCACGAAGCUGGAUAUAUGAUGUACCUCCAGACUCUAAACUGGACACCGUACGUAAAUACCCACCUGUUCAUUUAAUCUGCAUGCAUUUCAUAUCUCUCUGUCUUGAGGACUCUAAUAAAUCCUUUCUCCCUUUCUCUCGUCCUCUUGGCAAGAUCCUCAUUUCAUAACGAAGCAGAAUUGCAUAGGAAUGCGACUGAAUUUUCGUUAUUAAGUUACCUUGUGAAUUUUGAGGCGUGAGUGGGCAAAUGAAGUUGGACCUAUUCGUCUACUAUCUUUUUCCCCUGUGUAAUUAUUGCCCCAAUUUCCUUCUCCAACUCCUCGCCACCCAUUAUUAUGCUGGCAUUAUUCUUUAUUGUCCACUCAUCGUUGCUGGAAUUGAAAAUUUAACCUGGAUCGACAUCAAACAUGAGGGUGCUGCUCCUCAUCCUUCUCUCAUAAAUAAUAAUGACGACAUAUUCCCCUGCUCCGGUGACAAUUGGAACUGUGCACAAAACGGGACACAGGGAAAUGACGCAGCCAGAGAAGAGGCAGCCGUUGGGGGAGAAGACGACGGGAAAGCAGGAGGACUGCAAUCUGCAAUCGAGUUUGCUGUCCACUUGAGCAGUAAAGAUUGUCAACAGCGCUUCAAGUGGAGUCGCUGGAACUGUUCAGAGUCCACUUGGAUGGCAAAUACGGGAACCAAAGAAAAUGCUUAUAUGACUGCGUCGCUGUCUGCAGCUGUCACCUACUCGAUUGCGAAGGCAUGUGCCAGAGGUGACAUUUCUAACUGUGGGUGUGCCCCACCAACCACCAUCGCAUCGUCAUCUGGUAGUAGCAGUGGUAAUUAUGACAAGUCUGGCAGUCUAGCCUCGUCGUCUCUCCUGCAUCAAGGGGGAUAUUGGAGGUGGGGUGGUUGCUCUGCUGACGUCGACUUUGCUGUAAAAUUGGCUCGAAGAUCAACACAAAAAAUGAUCCGGACUAAAUCCCCUUCAAUCUCAGCAGAUAAUAUGAUUGAAAAAGAUGUUCUCCACGCUGUCGUAGCACAUAAUAAACGAGUUGGUAGAAAUAUUGUUUCGAAAAGCUUGGAUACGGAUUGCAAGUGUCAUGGCGUCAGUGGGAGCUGUACAUUGAAAACGUGCUGGAUGAAAUUGCCCCAGUUUGGGAAGAUUGGAAAAAUGAUCUUUAAUCUGUACAAAAAAUCAAGCCUUAUCAUAGCUCAGGAUAAUUUGGAUGGGAGACAUGUCACGCGAAUCAAUAAGAGCAUUAAUAAUUCAACUCUGUCCCCCAAACGUCGUCGUGUGCAUCUCGAAGUUGUCGACCAGCAUGGGGGAAAGCCGUCUCGAGGAGAGCUAAUCCACCUGGUCACUUCACCCACAUAUUGUGAACAAGAGGGAAUAUAUCACCCGGGCACGAAAGGUCGUCGCUGUCUUCGAUCGUCUUCGACAGAAUCACCCUCCAGCGAAGACACGAGUGAAGGGUCAUGCUCCAUUUUGUGUUGUGGACGGGGUUACAAUACUCACGUUACGUGGCGCAGAUGGAAAUGUCACUGUGCUUUCCACUGGUGUUGCGUCGUCGAAUGUCAAGACUGCCAGGAGAAGGUUCAACUUUACACGUGCAACUAAUUAUUUUCUGAAUAAUUAAUAAUCUAUUAAGACAAUCCAUUCCUGGGAUUAACUUGCUUUUAAAAUCUUUGAAAAUAAACAUCACUUUUGCUAAACUAUUUACAA